AUGGAGGAAAAGCCUUUCAAAGCGUUGGCCAAGUCUUCGGGCCACCGUGGCUCAGGCAAGUCGAGCCCGCACGACAUUCGGAAUCUGUGCACCACGGCCACGCAGUCGCAGCCGAAGCUGAAUGUACCGCUGCCUACUGUCCGUGAGGACUCGGAACUGGAGGGCAGCAGCGUAGGCAGCAAGACUUGCUGGUCUUACAACCAGAAGGCUGGCCACGACUCGGACGGUGGCUGGGAAGAAUCGGAUGACGGAGAGGACAAGGACAGCUUCAAGCCAGAGGAGCUGGACGAGCACGCCUUGAUGGAGCUGGAGAUGCGCCGCGGCAGCUCCCUGGGAGGCCCUUUAGAGGAGGACGAUUCCAAGACCGACGACGAAAAGUCUUCUUCAGUGUCAUCACUCAAUAUCUCGAAGCACACACCCCAUCGAGCCUACUGGGUGGAGCAGCAGAGCAGGCUGCCCCUGCCCCUGACUGAACUCAUGGAGAAUGAAGCCCUGGAAAUCCUCACCAAAGCCCUCCGGAGUUACCGAUCGGAGAUCGGCCGGGACCACUUCCUGACCAAGCAGCUGCAGCGAUACAUCGAGGGGCUCAAGAGGCGCCGGAACAAGAGGCUGCAAGUCAUGGUGAUCUGAGAGCACCGCCUCGGGCUCGAGUGACCGCCCGACUCCAGCCCUGGUCCCAGAUCCAAGCCCGACCCUGUCCAUGUGGAUUUUGAG